UGGGCUGGACUUCUGGCUUCUGCUUCGCCUUGGAGCACAACAAGGAAAUACGAUGAGGCUGUUCCGCGUUACCAAACUAUUUCAUAGGAAUUUCCUGCAGAUCUCUUAUCGAUAUUCUACCAUACAAUCGUAUCAGAAUGUGAGACUUGCCGAAGUUGGGCGACUUGACACACCAAAGGUAAAGGGUGAAUAUGACACUGGGCAAUUAUUUCUGCACCGUGUCUUUGGAUACAGAGGUGUGAUUUUAUUUCCAUGGCUUGCCAGAGUAUAUGAUCGUGAUGUGCCUACUAAAAAAGACAGCACUGAUGAUGGGAAUACUUCAAAUCAUGUAGGUAAAGAAGUGAAAGGGAGAACCCAUACAUUUUAUCAGGUUCUUAUUGAUUCAAGAGACUGUCCCUUCAUUCGAGCUCAGACAGAAGCUGUGACUUUCUUGGGAACUCAAGAAUCAAGCAGGAGUUUAUAUGCUAUUCCUGGGUUAGAUUAUGUUGCCCAUGAGGACAUUCUGCCCUAUACAACAACUGAAAAACAGCCCCUACAGCAUGAACUAUUUGAUAAAUUCCUUGACUAUUAUCCUGAAAGAGAUCCACCAUUUGGAGCCCAAGAGACCCUGAGGGCCUGGCAAAAGAAAAAUCAUCCAUGGCUAGAGCUGUCAGAUGUGCACAAGGAGACAACUGAAAAUGUUAGAGUAACUGUUAUACCAUUUUAUAUGGGUUUUCGUGAGUCACAAACUACAUCAGUAUUUUGGUGGCGGUAUUGCAUACGUUUAGAAAAUCUAGGUGAACUGACAGUACAACUUCGAGAACGCCAUUGGCGGAUAUUUAGUUUAUCAGGAACAUUAGAAACUGUUCGUGGACGAGGAGUUGUAGGACAAGAGCCAGUUUUGUCCAAAGCAUUACCUGCGUUUCAGUAUAGUAGCCAUGUCAGUUUACAAGCUCCAAGUGGACAUAUGUGGGGCACAUUUAGAAUGGAGCGAGAAGAUGGUUACACCUUUGACUGCAGAAUUCCACCUUUCUCAUUAGAGAGUAAAAAUGAAGAUGGAUCAUCCCCAUCAAAUCCUGCUUAAUGAAAUCAUUAUUACCUGCAAAUUUGUGCAACUUUCAAUUGUUUAAUGCCAUGAUCAUAUCGAUGAAGAUGAUAACAUAGUCACCGUAAAUGAUUUUAGUUAUGAGUGAUUUUUUAAAAAUGCAAUCACUUCAUUACUAAGUUUGCUGGAAUUUACUCUUGUUGAAAACAAAUUAAUAUCUAGUUCCUUAUUUCAACAGAAACCACGGGGUAGUAAGUUAACUGUAUGCUGUAUUUUCACAUCCAUGAAGCAAUUUGUUAAGUUCUAAUGUGGCUAAUGGCGAUGAUUAUAGGUGUGUAAGGAUGUGGUAUACCUUUAAAUAAAUAAAACUGAUAUCUAA